UGUUAGGUCACAGUCGAAUCUACCAAUACUAUCCAAUGGUUUGCGCGGAAGAGUCUAACGUUCGAGCGGUUUAAACUUUGAAAUUCGAAUAGUUUUUUAUUUUUAAAAAUGGAUGAGUCGAAGGAGGUCGGUAGCAUGAUAAGCAUGAUGCAGAAGUUCGGGUGGGUGGACUAUGUGGUGUUUGUGCUGAUGCUGGCAAUAAGUGCGGUGGUGGGGGUGUACUGGGGCUUCAUGAAGAAGCAGACGACGCAGCAGGAUUAUCUGCUGGGGGGCAGGAACAUGCAGGUGGUGCCGGUGGCUAUGUCGCUGGUGGCCAGCUUCGUCUCCGGCAUAACGCUUCUGGGCUCGCCCACCGAGGUGUACAUGUACGGAACCCAGUACGCCUACAUCAUGGGCGCCAUAUUCCUCAUGUGCCUAGUCAUGACCCAGGUGUACUUACCAGUCUUCCACGAGCUCAAGAUCACCUCCAAUUAUGAGUACUUAUCCAUGAGAUUCGACAAUCGAGUACGACUUUUCGGAUCCAUACUGUUUGCUUUUACUUUGGUAUGCUGGCUUCCUAUAGUGAUUUACGUGCCAGCUUUGGCUUUCAAUCAGGUCACUGGAGUCGAUAUUCACAUAAUAACGCCGAUCGUAUGUCUUGUCUGCAUAUUUUACACCAGUGCUGGUGGGCUCCAAGCGGUGGUGUGGACGGAUGUGAUUCAAAUAACGGCCAUGUUCGGAGCCAUGGCGCUGGUGGCCGUGAAGGGCACCUUCGACGUGGGGGGCUUCGCGGUCGUGUGGGGACGCAACAUGGACAGCGGGAGGAUCGAAGCGCCAAACUGGGAUCCUAGUCCCCUGUCUCGUCACACCAUCUGGAACCUGCUGAUCGGAGGCACCAUCUACUGGGUGCAGGCGAACGCCGUCAACCAGACCAUGAUCCAGCGGUACUUGUCGCUGCCAACGCUGCGGAAAGCACAAUGGGCAGUUUUCCUGUUCUGCAUAGGCAUCUCCGCGCUGUACUGCUUCUGUCUGUACUGCGGACUCCUCAUCUUUGCGCGUUACCACGACUGCGAUCCGCUCACCACGAAGCUGGCUAAAGCCAAGGACCAGCUGCUGCCGCUGCUGGUGAUGGACGUGCUGGGGGACUUCCCCGGCCUGCCCGGGGUCUUCGUCGCCGGCAUCUUCAGCGCCGCGCUUAGCUCCCUGUCCACGAGUCUGAACUCGAUGUCUGCGGUGGUGCUGGAGGACUUCUACAAGCCGUUCUUCAAGCGGGAGCUCACGGACCGGCAGAGCAACUGGCUCAUGAAGGGCGUCGUCAUUGGGCUAGGGGCUCUUAGUCUUGGCUUGGUGUUUCUGGUGGAGAAGAUGGGCACGAUCCUGCAGCUGACGAUGACGCUAGAGGCCAUGACCAUGGGCCCGCAGCUCGGCGUCUUCACCAUGGGCAUACUCAUGCCCUGGGUCGAUUCUACGGGAGCCCUAGUGGGCGGCAUCAGCGGGCUGGCCACCAUGGCGUGGUGGUGCCUGUCGGCGCAGUUCGCGACCGCGCGGGGAGAUAUCGUGCACGCGCACAAACCGCUCACCACCGCCGGGUGUACAUACGCGUUCAACGCUACCGUGGUGGAGCAGCUUGUUGAUAUACCUGAGGAAGUGAACCCGAUCCUCCGCGUGUCCUACAUGUGGUUCACGCUGGCCGGCAUGGCGACCACCAUGUGUGUCGGGGCCGCCGUGUCCCGCGUGGCCCGCGCGCGCGGCGUGGCCCACGUGCCGCCCGCGCCGCGCCUGCUGGCUCCGCAGCUGCGUCGGGGGAAGGAGCCCCCGCAUCCGCAGGAUGACAAGUAUAUUAGCGCUUACGGGAAUAGUAAGGAUGCGCCUCUCAACAACACUACCUCACUGAGUAUGAAGCCCAUUAACGAAUGUGAAGAAAUCAGUUGAGAAUGUAAUGAUAAUUGUUUGUCUUAAUCUAAAUAAGAUCAUUAAUUUAUUUUGAGUUUUUAAUAUAAUUUUUAAAAAGGU